AUGUGUGGCAUUUGGGCAAUAUUUGGAACCUCCGAAGAUAUCACGGAUUAUUUUAACUGCGCCUUAAAAAUUGCUCAUCGUGGUCCUGAUUGUUUUCGUCUAGAAAGCAUACCAAGUUUUGGUAACUCAUGUUUGGCCUUUCAUCGCCUUGCAAUUGUCGACAGCGUCUACGGAAUGCAACCGAUGCGAGUGUUUUCCCUUCCCCACCUCUAUGUCAUCUACAAUGGUGAGAUUUAUAACCACAAAGCAUUGGGAAAGCAGUAUGGUUUUAACUACCACACCAAGUGCGACGGAGAAGUAAUUUUGCAUUUGUAUAACCAAUUUGGGGGUGAGAAGACGGCGCAAAUGAUGGACGGUGUCUUUGCGUUUGUUGUUGUAGAUACAGCAAAGAAGGAAAUCCAUCUUGGCCGCGAUACUUUUGGCGUUCGACCGAUGUUUAUGCUAAAGACGGGAGAUCAAUGUUUAGCAAUCUGCUCUGAAGUCAAGGGUUUGUUGAAGUUGCAGAAAGAUUUGGAUGGUAUAAAAUCUGUCAUCGAACCCUUUCGUCCCGGCCAUCAUGCAAGUUUAUCUUUCAACGAUAAUGGAGUGGCAACGAUAAAGAAGAUGGGGCCUUACACAAGCUUGACCAAGAUACCAGAAUUUGAUUUUUCAGUGAAAGUAAAAAGUGACAUUAAAGAGAACAUUAGAGCACUGUUUACUGAAGCCGUUCGUAAACGUCUCAUGUCUGAUCGACGCAUAGGUUGUCUUUUAUCUGGAGGUCUAGAUUCCAGUCUUGUUGCUGCUGUUUUAGUUAAACUUGCACGUGAAUCUGGUAUAUCUUAUCCCAUCCAAACAUUCUCUGUCGGAAUGACUGGAAGCACUGAUCUUGCCGCCGCCAGAAAGGUUGCUGACUUUCUGAGUACAGAACAUCACGAGUUGGUUUUCACUCCAGAAGAAGGUUUGGCUGCUAUCCCUGACGUCAUAGAGUAUUUAGAAAGUUAUGAUAUCACCACUGUAAGGGCUUCAGUUGGAAUGUAUUUAAUCAGUAAAUACAUUCGUGAGAAGACAGAUACUGUGGUAAUAUUCUCUGGUGAAGGUUCUGAUGAAUUAGCGCAGGGUUAUAUCUAUUUUCACAAAGCUCCCUCUGCUGAAGAAGCUGAUGUUGAAUCGAAACGUCUCCUAGAAGACCUUUACCUCUACGAUGUCCUUCGCGGUGAUCGUUCUACUGCUGCCCAUGGCUUGGAAAUCCGUGUUCCAUUCCUCGAUGUUGCUUUCACAUCCUAUUUUCUCUCCUUAACACCCUCUAUACGUCAACCUCAUGAAAAGGUUGAAAAAUACCUUCUGCGUUCUGCAUUUGACGAGGAAGGUUUACUUCCAAACGAAAUCCUUUGGCGGCCUAAAGAAGCUUUCAGUGAUGGCGUAUCAUCCACCAAAGCUGGCGAGUCUUGGUACGAGAUUAUCCAGAAGCAUUGUAAGAGGAUCGUGAGUGAUAUUAAGUUGGAGACGGCGGCAGAGCGGUAUCCAUUCAGCACUCCCAAGACCAAGGAAGCGUAUUACUACCGCAAAAUCUUCGAGAAUAAAUAUCCUGGGCAAAGUCAUUUAAUUCCUUAUAUGUGGUUGCCCAAGUGGUCUGAAAGCCAAGAUCCGUCUGCACGUACCCUGGCUCAUUACACUCAGGAAUGA